CUGGCUUUGCCCCUGGUCUGGGUUUUAGUCUGGAAUUUGCACCCCUUUUUGCAUACAGAGCCUCCCCACCUUUCUGUUCCUGUGCCAAGCUGAAGCAGCUGGCAUGGCUGUCCUAGCUUGAUAGCAACUGGCAGCACUCUAGAGCCUGCUUUUGCUGGUGCCAGCAACCAGCUCUGUCUCUCCAGGGAGGGAGAAGCAUGACUGCAGGCUCCCCCUAAUCCUGCUGCUGGCUAGCCCCACCUUGCCCUGCUCACCCCACAGACACACCUAUCAUGGCUUUGCUUCAUCCCUUCACCAGCCUCCUCCUCCUUCUGCUUGCUGUGCCCCUUUCCUGGGCUGCAAACCAGUCUCUGCUGCCCUCCGGCUCCCUGCCUGCUGUCCCCCCCCUGCCCCUCCUGCAGGCCCUGCAAGUGCGGGCACCAGGCAGCUGGGGCUGGCAAGCUGGGCCAGCGAGUGGGCAGCCCCUGCGCUACAUGCUGAACCUGUACCGGCGUGCUGCUGACCGCGAAGGGCGACCCCGCCAUAGCCGCAGCCUGGGCACCAACACCGUCCGCCUGGUCCAGGCCAGUUCCCACGGGGGUCAGCCCUGGGCAGGUCGCUGGUACGUGCAGCCCCUCACCUAUCGCCUGGAGGGCCAGCCUGAGGCCGAGCACCUCCUUCGAGCCACCGUGGUCUACCUGCCCAGCCUGCCUCUGGCCCGCAGUCGCCUCCUCUGCGCCUUGGAGCUGGCAGCCACUGGCAAGGCACCCAGGGUACUGCUCAGCCCUGCCGCCCGUUCCCGCCGUGGCUGGGCCGAAGCAGAUGUCACCCCUUACUUGGUGCUGAGGAAUGGCAGCAUGGGGAGCCUGGUGCUGAGGCAUGUCUGUGUGCAUGCUGGCCGGGCAGGGGGCCACAAUGCGCCAGCGGCCCCCAGCCACCCCUUCCUCCUCCUCUACCUCAACGACACCCAGGCUGGGCUAGCGCCUCCAGCAGCAGAGCCCCGCCGGCACAGGCGUGACACGGGGACGCUGGCCCACGACCUGCCUGGCUACUUGAGAGAGCAGGGAGGGGAGAAGAGUGACUGUUCCCUGCGCCCCUUCCCCGUCAGCUUCGCCCAGCUGGGCUGGGACCACUGGAUCAUCGCUCCCCACCGCUACAACCCACGCUACUGCAAGGGUGCCUGUCCCCGCCUGCUCCGCUAUGACUACCAUGCGCCCAACCACGCUGUGGUGCAGAGUUUCGUCCAUCAGCUGGUGGAUGCCAAUGUGCCCCGGCCCUCCUGCGUCCCCUACCGCUACAGCCCCAUCAGCGUUCUCAUGAUCGAGCGUGACGGUGGCAUCCUCUACAAGGAGUAUGAGAACAUGAUUGCAGAGUCCUGCACCUGCCGGUAAUGCCCGCUGCCCUGGCACAUCACUCCCAGGCUCUGCCUGUCCCUGCUGUACCCAGACUUUAGGGUUUGUCUUGCUCUGCCUGGGGUGGGUACAUCCCCAUGCAGCACUGCUCUGUGGGAAGGUUUUACAAUGGCAGUUUUAUGUAAAUUGUAGGUUUUUAAAGGCAGGAACCUGUGCUGGGGCAGUUGCCCUGUGGCAUCUAUCCUUCCUGCAGCCCUACGGCCGCUGCCUGUUUUUGGGGGGCAGGGGGGCUUGGCCUGAUGCUCCCAGAGAAGAGUUGGGUCCCUGGACUGGAGCACAAAGCCCUUAGGAGGUGGCUGGGGAUCUCCUGGUGGAGACAGGGCAGGGAGGGCGAGCGGUCCAGGUGUCCCCAUGCUUAGCACCAAGCUGGCGCCGUCAGUAUCCGGCGCAACCCUGCCCAUGGGAUUUCUUCCCAGCUCAUAUGCACCCCAUCCUGUCUAGUCCCAGCUGUGGUGGCAUCUCACUGGGCUGGGAAUUGGGCUGGGGAGGGGAAAGCCCCUCUCCUCCCCUGCAGUUCUGCUCUGGGGGGCUGUGAAAACUGGAGGGACCUGAGCUGCCAGCUCUGCUCUCCGUGCCAGGGACCAGGCAGCUGCCUGCACUGAGCUCUACCCGCUGUGUCCUCUGCCACCCCUGUCCCUCACCUCCUUGGCUUGCCCUCUAGCAGGGCUUGGGUCUCGCCUUAUCCCAGGGGUCAGACCUCUGUCACAAUGUCCCUCUGCCUUUUUGCAUCCUUGCUGUCCCACGGGGCUCAGGCUCUGCUGGGCUCCCAGCCAGUCCCUGUUCCCAGAGGGGUCGGAC